GUCCCUUUUAACCAUCCACUAUCACAGCAUUAGUCAAUAGUACUGAGGACGUGCGGGGUGCUAAAAGGCGCCAGUCGUGACUGGUGAUUCAUGGCCCUGCUGAGCGUUGACGACUCAGGUAUGAGAAGCAUGCAAGUGUCUCCUGGUAACGAGGUUGAUUGUAACAGAGAUGUCAUCUCAAAUAUAUAUGUUAUUCGCCCAGCUGCUUUGCGCAAUAGCCCUCACAGGCUCUCACCCGAUGCGUUGAAGUAUAAUAAUUCGUUCGCAAAAUUUUACGGGACACAAAUCUGGCCAUACCUGCUACCCCGAGUCUGGGGAUCCUGGAGUGUCCGAUCACAGCUUUCGUACACGUAGAAGGUCUCCACGGGGAAGUGGUGUCUGUGUGGUGAUAUGAGGCACAUAAGUUUAUCCCGCAAUAUUUAAUCUGGCUGGUCAGCCGGCCACAUCCUUUCCAACCCAACCCUUCCGUUCGUUACCAUGAAUUCGUUCUCCAGGUUUAUCCCUCUCGCGGCUCUCUUGCUGUCCACGCGCGCGCUGGGCAGCUCCGACGAAGCCAACUUCCAGGCCUGGUCAAAAAGAGGAGAUGCCGUCCGCUCUGCCAUGCAAGCCUCUAUCAGAACAAGCUGGGAACAAGGGACUGCAGCCGGGGCUAUUCUAGAGUGGAAUGACCCAGAAUAUUCAGUUUUUGCGCCUAACCCAUUCGUGUCGAAUAGUCAAUUCCCGUUGGACUCCCUUCAGUUUGCGUACAGCGCUGCCGUCCGUCAAACUCCGGAUGGUAGGCUCAGUCAGAACAUCAACGAUGCCCUUGAUGGUGCUGCUCUGGAUGGAGCAUCCGCGGGGUCCGUCGUUCUUAUGGGCACUUUCACGGACACUGACCGUGCCACUUACUGGGAAAAUGCCGCAGACGGGGAGCUCAAUUAUGUUCUGAACGUCGCACCUAGAACCAGGACAGGUGCUAUCUCAGCCAGGGAUGAUAGUGCCCAGUACUGGUCUGAUGGGGUCUACAUGGGCUUCCCAUUCAUCGCUUAUUAUGGUGCAGUGAAGAACAACGGAACGCUCUUACAGAUCGCAUAUGAUCAGUGCCGCCUCUAUCGAGAUGCUCUCUUGAUUGAUGGCCCCACUGGCAAACUUUGGGCUCACAUCUACGACGACAGUACCUCUUCAUGGAUCGACGAAGGCAUUUGGGCUACCGGUAAUGGAUGGGCUGCUUUGGGAAUGCUUCGUGUUGCCGUCACUAUUCAGAAGAGUUCUUUCUGCUCCAGCAUGACGUCGCAAGUAUCAGAUCUGCUCGCUUGGGUCAAGGAGAUCUUAGAUGGCGAAUUUGCUGCCCUGGGCAGCGAUAAUCUUCUUCCAGACUACUUAACUGGUGGGCCAAACUUUGGCGAUGCAUCCUCUUCAGCAGCCCUGGCAUCCGUUGCGUACAGGGUUGCGAAAUUAUAUCCUGACCAGUUCGGUUCUAACUACACUGACAUCGCUGCGAACAUUCGGGAUGCCGUUCUAGGUGGUGUUACCAACCUUGGGACUGUUAGUCCCGUCGUAAAUCCUUUGGUUUGGACCGAGACUGGACUGUUGUCGACAGAAGCGCAAGCGUUUACUCUGAUGAUGUUUUCUGCUUGGAGGGACUGGAUCGGUGCCUGACCACACAAUUUUCAAAUAAGAAGAGCCACCUGAUGCUACACGACGUUGGCGUUAACAUUGCUCACCUCUAACCCUCGCUCCCUCACUUCACAU